UCACACUUCCUGACUGCUACAUGACCUUACAGAGACACACUGGUGGCGGCAGUGGAUCUCCAACAGGCUGUGUUUUGCUGCACCCCACAAGGAAAAGCUUUCUCUGGCCACUGUGGAAUCCUCUGACUCCCCGAGGCGGACCCCCACUGUCCUCCACGUCUUUGACCCCUUCAGAGGCUGAGCGAUGGCGUCCAUGAGGCUACAGGUGACAGGCAUCGCCCUGGCCUUCCUGGGCUGGCUGUGUGCUGUACUGAGCUGUGCACUGCCCAUGUGGAGGGUGACAGUCUUCCUCAACAGUGACAUGUAUGAAGCUGAGUUCGUAUCAGAGGGCUUGUGGAAGGUCUGCGAUUUUCUGAACGGAACCCAGAUUCAAUGCACGGAGUACGGGACACUGGAGAUAUUCCCACAGGACAUUUUGGUGGCCCGUGUCCUCAUGGUCACCUGCAUCGUUGUGGCUGCACUGGGUUUGCUGUUCUCCGUGGUGAGGGUCAAGUGCACCAAGAGGGUGGAAGGUGAGACCACCAAGGCCAAGGCCAUGACCAAGGCAGGUGUGAUGUUCCUGGUAGCUGCCUUUCUACUGAUUUUCCCAGUGACCUGGAUAACUCAUGGCAUAAUCUUCCACAACCUCAGUGUUCUGGAGGGCUCUGGGGAGAGUCAGAAGAUGGGGGCCUCGCUCUACAUCGGUUGGGUCGCCGCUGUGCUGCUGCUGCUUGGAGGGGCCCUGCUGUGCUGCACUAGGCUGCUCUGCCUCAUCCUCCAGCCCCACUCUGCUGAUUACUCCGCCCCCACUCAAUGUCCUCAUCCUCCCCGCAGCUAAGGAGAAGACGUACUAUGAUUUGAACUCAGGGCCUACAACUUGAGCCUCUCCACCAGCCCUUUUUUGUGGGUAUUUUCAAGUGGGGUCAUGAGAACUGUUUGCCUGGACUGUCUUCGAACCCUGAUCCUCCUGAUCUUAUGACUGGCUCCAUGCAGUGUUGAGAGGGCAGGUCAGCAGCAGUGGAGGGUGUCAACCCAGGUCUCAACCUCCUGACCUUGGCCGCCUCUGAAUAAAGCUGUCGUGGAUAACCGCUGACUGCGUGCUCAGCUGGGAGGGCAGCGCUGACCCGUGCUUUCCCUCCACUUGCUUGAGGGGGCGGGUGUGGUGUGGACACAGGAACGCUUGUGCACAGGGGACUGGAUGGGCAGCUUUCCACCUGGUUUAGUGACACACAUGAACUAAGUGUCCUACUCCAGGGCACAUGGACGACACUGAGGGCACCCACCAUCAGCAAUGCAUGGGAGGUCCCUGUGGGUUGUUGGUGGGGUGGGACUGUCGUCUGGUGCUUUGUCUGAGGGGUGUCGUUAGACACUCCAGAGGCCAGGACCCCAUGAUGGGAGUGUG